AUGGCAGAAUACAUACCUUCACCGGCCGAUUGGGUGCGCGAGCAGGUGGAACUAUACGAAGGAAGCGGAGGCACUGAAGGCACGACCUUGCGUGAAACCGGACUACCCGUCAUUAUUGUGACCAAUCGCGGUAACCGCACCGGCGCAAUCCGCAAGACGCCACUCAUGCGCGUCAAGGACGGCGAUAACUACAUUCUAGUUGGCUCGCGAGGAGGCGCCCCCACCAACCCGGUGUGGGUGUACAACCUUAGGGCGCAUGCCGAUGUCGAAAUUCGAGAUGAGACCGAAGUGUACAAGAUGAGCGUCCGCGAAGUUGACGACGCCGCAGAACGUGCGCGUCUCUGGGAAAUAUGUGUAGCCGCCUUCCCGCCCUAUAAAGACUAUCACAACCGCACAUCCCGCACGAUUCCCGUCUUCGUUGCGGAAUCCACCUAA